GUCCUUGGCUCGUCCUCCGCUCCCAGCUCAAGGUCCUUUUUAUGCAGACAUGACUACUCUCAGCAGACUCUCAGUAUACACUCUUGAAACGCAUGAACGCCGAAAGCUGUCUUGAGACUUGAUGUAUAUCAAGAUAUCCUGAAUAUCCCUGACCACCGUCACAAUUUGGACCGGACGCAAAGCAUGCUGAGAACGUGUCACCGUCGAAACGCAGCCAUGACAGAAUAGGUGCGGACUAGGUUCGGCAGACACUCCAGACUCCACUUCAGCGGGUGGAACUAGGACAGCCCACGGUGACUCCAUCCGCUGUGCAUCCGCCCGUUCUGUAUGAAACCAGCUGCCGUAUGAUUCAACUCACCACAGCCCAUUCACACCCCCUCUAGCUUCACCACUAAGUUACCAAGAUGUCGAUGCUCGUCCCUGCCGUUCUUUCUGCGCUGGUGGUCUACGCGACGCCAGCCAAUGCAUAUUGCAGCUACUACUAUGGAUGUGGACGCAGCGUAUCAGGAGGUGGUAUAGCAGGCAUCGUGAUAGGAGCCGUCGUCUUCUUCCUGCUACUGUUGACGUGCUGCAUGAUGGGCAUGCGCCGCCGCCGUACCUACUACAACUCCGGUGGACAGGGUACCUGGUAUCCAGUAUCAAGAGGCGGCAUCUUCCCCAGUGGCCCGCAACGCGACGCGGAAGCCGGAAAUGGAGGACAGCAAGCGGGUUGGAACGGCAACGCAUCUGCUGCUAACAGAGGCGGACCUGGCGCUGUUCCUCCACCAUACGAAGCCGCGAAGGCACCUCAGUAUGCUCCGGUGAGUAAAGUGUACACUCGUAGACAGCAUAAGCUAAUGUCAUUUUAGCCUCCUGGGGAACCGCCUGCGGCUCAUGUUCACAGUUGAAGCUACCUAGAGGCUUGCAGCCUCGUGUGAAUGUCCGGAUUAUGAACACUGUAUCAUGACCUGUAUCCGUGUAUCCCAUUCAGAGUACCCUACACCGACUGGUAUAAAAUG